UUUACGAAGGUAGUCUGUAGACUUGGUAGGCUACUAACUUUAUAGUUUAUACGGUGAAAUGAUUGAUUUAUAAUCGUCGGACGUUUAAUAUGAGUCGAUCAAUUUUUGAAAAUUUUAAGAUUAACAAGAACUGUCUUGUUCCAGUCGAAUUCCGUUUCAUUCGGUGCAAAAUUAUCAUUAAAGAAAAAGAAUAUGACACCUUUGAAUGGAUGGACAGCCAACUGUGGAAAGAGUUGAUAGAAGCAACCAAGACAGUUUUUCAAACAUAUGGCACCUUCAGUAAACUUUCUGCAUUUGAACCUACUUCCACUUCAACUCCCAACUUAAAAUUAGCAUUCAUAGUGAAGGACAAUGACCUCAAACAGCCCAUUUUCAUGGAACCAAAAACAGGCAAACUAGGGUUGUAUGAAUCAUUGUCAAAUUGUGAAAAAAUGUUGAUUAUGAGUGUUAGUUUGAACAAGCCUGAAAUCAAGCUAAAGGAUUUGCACACAGCUUUAUCACAGCAGAACCAGGAAGAAAGGCAGAUAAAGAUAAGCAGCUACUUUGUCUAGGCGUGCUACUACUAUGUUAAUUGUGACAAUUUUGUAAAAUAAACAAACAUUGACCGAGAAUAAUAAUCAUUCCGCAAAUACAAAGGACUAAUGCGUGGA